AUUUUUGAAGAAGCCUGGAACCCAUUUGGACCAUUUCAUAUAUCUUGUCUCUUUCUUGUUCUUCUUUCACUCUCUGAAGUGGGAAUUUCCCUGACAUGACGGGCGCUUAGCUGCAACUUGAGGUGAUGGGGGAAAGUUCCAAACGUCAAACAGUUUUGCCUGAAUCAUUAUGGGCUGAUGAUCCUGUUCAACAAAAGCGCAGCGGUAAAUUUCAUGCCGGGCGAGAUAAUACGACAAGGUCCCUCAUCGACCGCUCAUAUCGCUUUGGAAUUCCAAUAAAAGCGCACAGAAACGCCCCUCCUCUUUCAACUGUGAAGGAGGAACAACCAAAGGCCAAGUACCACAAGUCAUAUAAUGUUGAUCAAGCAGGAUAUGGGAUGAUUGCUUUAAAGGAUGUUGAAGGAUUUCCUGCUUUCCUGAUAAAGAAAUGCCAAAUACCUUCGUCAUGGACUUUCCAAGAGGCUUCGCACAAAAAUCUAGUGUCAUUGACAGACUUCUACACAGAAUCCAGCUUGAUUUGUUUAGUCCAUGAGUAUGUGCAUCUGGCUAUUCCACUAGGCGGCUUGGCAGGGAUCGUGGAUUUCAGUGAGGCGGAUAUAGCCACUGUGUGCAGGGAGAUUCUAGAUGGUCUCAUUUAUAUUCAUUCCAAACUCAGCAUAUCACACGGUUCAGUUGACUGCAGCAAUGUCCUCCUAAAUGAGAAAGGAGAGAUACAAUUGGCAAAUAUUAGGGACAAUUGCGCUAUCAAGUCCAGCUCGUGGUUUCAUAGAA